CUUUCUGAAGAGAGAAAAGUGGAAAAGGCGGCACAUGCACCAGCGAUGGGCCCUGUGAGCACGAGCAGGAGGGGCCUCCGGCUAGGAAUCAGCCUGAUCCUUCUUCAAGUUGGUGUGGUGGGCGCCUGUACUGUAUCUGUGCUACAGCCAGGUUACCUAGAGGUGGACUACACGUCUCAGACUGUCACCAUGGAGUGUACCUUUUCUACAACUGGAUGCCCUGCAGUGCAACCAAAAAGCUUGUGGUUUCGCUGUGGCACUCACCAGCCUGAAGCUCUGUGCUUGGACGGAUGCAGAAAUGAGGCAGACAAGUUCACAGUGAAAGAAACCCUGGACCAGAACCGAGUCUCCCUCACUGUUAACAGGCUGUCUCCAAAUGACAGUGCAAUCUACAUCUGUGGAAUAGCAUUUCCCAAUGAAAAGGUACCAACAGCCAAACAGACUGGAGACGGGACUACACUGGUGGUAAGAGAAAGACUUUUCAGCAGGGAGGUGCACAGUCUCCUGAUAGUGCUCUUAGCACUGCUCGCAGUCUACGUCACCGGUGUGUGUGUGAUCUUCAUAGUCCUCUUCAGAUCAAAAUCUAACACUCCAAGAAGCAGAGAAACCAAGGAAGACUCGAAAAAGAAGAGUGCUCGACGUAUCUUCCAGGAAAUUGCUCAAGAAUUAUACCAUAAGAGAUAUGUGGAAACAAGUCAUCAGCCUGAGCAAGACGGCAAUUAUGAAAACAGAAAAGCACUCCCCAGCCCUGGAAGACCAUAGAUGUGCUGACUUUUUACUUAAACCAUUGACAGUGCAACUCCAGAAUCUAUGGCAGUGUGAAUGGACAUACAGCAAUCCAAACAACAGCAAAGAGAGCUGAGGUGUAGCUUGAGUGGCAAAGUGCUUGCCCAGUAGGCAUGAAGUCUUAGCUUUGAUCCUCAGCACCACAUAACUCAGCAAAGUGACACAAGCCUGUAUUCCCAACAUUGUGUAGUAGUAUAAAAAGUCAGAAGUUCAAGGUCAUCCCUGACUAUAGGAUGAACCUGAAGUCAGAGACAUGUUAUCUUGUCUCAAAAACACUGCCACCACCAAGAGAAAAGGGCAGGACAAGUGGGAAAACAGCCAGUCACGCCAGAAGGCAGAGCGGAAGUAACUGUCACGAACCAUAAUGAUGGAAUGUGAAAACCUCAAGAAAACUCAACUGGAGGACCUUUUUUCUAAUUUUCCAGGAACAGUCUAAGGAGCCUCAUUUUAAAGAAAAACUUCACCUUCAGCUUUUAAAAACUGUUAUCAUGUGCAUCUUGUCAGUCUACCCAACAUACUAGAUGUGUGAUGGCCAUUAACUGGAAGAAAGCUUCAAGUCAAACCACAGGUCUCAAUUCUGAGGGGAAAAAAUACUUUCCUGAGUUGUAGAAAUGAUGAAACAAUUAGAAUCAAGUGAGAAGGGCAAAAGGAGUGAGGAGAAGAUCAAUUUUUAGGUAAAAGAAACUCAUUGCAAACAAUAUCUUGGAACAAAAAUGACUUCUUCAGAUACUGUAAUGGAGCAGUGGGCAGUGAACAUUCUCCAGCUGAGGUAUACAAAACAACUUAGGCUGUACCAGCAACAAAACAAUACUGAAAGACUAGAGGAAGACUCUAAACAGAGGAAGCCCAAAGCCUGUGAGAAAAUGCCUCAGGAAUGCAGACAACUGACUCUAGAUGUCAGUGUGGUGCCAAAGAACUGCAGACCUAGUGAGCUUGAAAGGAGGGCCUGAUACAGAAGGUCCUCACUAUCUCACUGAGGUGACCUAAGCCAGGUAUGGUGGCACCUACCUGCCUUUAAUCCUAACACUGAGGCAGAGGGAGGUGGAUCUCUUAGUUCAGGCCUAAGAUCUAAGAUCAAGUUCCAGGACAGCCAAGGCUGUUAAACAGAAAAACAUUGUCUGAAAAAAAACAGUGGUGGGGGAGGGGGAAUUGUUCUUUGAAUGUAAGUACCAACGAGCACACUGCUCACCAACUCGAUCACAGUGUAUGACCUCAGUCAGGCGCUUCUAAACAGUAAUAAACGUAAAUGGUACGCACUCUUCAAAUACAGUCUUCACACACUUCAAAGUCUCUUUGGAAGAGUCUGAAACUUGUGGCUCAAAUCCUGAUAUGUGUCCCAAAAACUGGAGAGGAAGAAGUGGAUAACCUCAUCUUAUUUCCAUGCACAUGCACACACGUGCACAUGCAUGCACACAAGUACAUUUGCAAUUUACAUACACAAAAGGAAUAAAAUUGGCAUACACAGC